AUGGCAAAUGGUAAGGCCGAGUCCAGUCUUUUAAGCGUACUACCUACCAAGGAUCUCGAUAGAGUCGGAAAGUACAAAAGUGCAAAAGAACUUUGGGAAAAGUUCUUGAAGCUAUACGAAGAACCAGUUGAGGUCAAAGCUGACUCCUCGAUGGACAUUGAGCCGUCGUCAGAAGAAUCUGAAAUCGAGAAAAUUGUCGGAACGUCUCUCACCGCCGAGCAUCUACCAGAAGACGCAAUCAUCUCUUCCUCAAUAAGCAUCGAGAAUGUGGCGUACAAGAUGGCUGCGAUGUUUCCGUCAGCCAUCGAGCGGGUGGUGCUUUGCUGCACCGACGUGUGCCUCGAGGAGAGGGAUCUCACCGAGGGCCUCUUUGUCGUUUCGAAUGCAGAUGACGCGGUGGAGAUCCUUUUGCCCCAGUGGCCGGAAAAGCUUCGUCAGCUCGUCCGGCUGUCCUUCAUCCACCCACCAUUCAUAAUGUCGUCUUGCUUCCUCCGGGACUACAUACAGGUGAUGUGCACAGUUUAUGCAAAAGAGAAGAUAGAGUUACUUCAUGCUUUAAUCUAUGAAAGAAAACACUUGGCCCUUCCAGAGAUUGCACAACCAACAUUGAUAGUGUGGGGCGAGAAAGAUCGAAUUUUUCCUUUAGAGUUGGGUCACAGCUUAAAGAGGCAUUUAGGAGAUAGAGCUCAGCUAGUAGUCAUCAAGAAUGUUGGGCAUGCUGUUAAUCUUGAGAAGUCCAGAGAAUUUUGCGAGAAUAUAAUCAAAUUCUUCCAUGAUUCUUCCUUCAAUGAUCACAAUUGGCAGAAGUUUGAAGAAACGUUGCAUUUCUGCAACAACAGUGCUUUUUGCAAGAAAGCGUUUGCAGAGAAGAAAGCGUUUCAUUUCUGCAAGCUUUCUUUCUACAGCCAACUGUUCAAUCUGUUCAAAGCUCAUAAAGGUCCUAGACAAAAUCCAAUUUCUUAUUCCUAUAAUAAUUUUUUGAGUGUAGCUAGUAGAAGUAAACAGAUUGUUGGCUUCGAGGUCGGCUAG